CGGGGGAAAUGCCAGCUGGGUUCGGAUUGGCUACGUGAAUGAGCCGCUCGACCGGGUGAGGAGAUCGGAAACUAAGGCGAGGGAACCGCUUUAGCUGCGGGGAGCCGUUGGUGACCUGAAGGAUCCCAUUCGCUGCCUUGGGGGGAGUGGGGGGGAGACCCUUCGUUAGAGUCGAGGCUUUGACGAGUUAACCUUCCCCUGCUUCGCCCCCGGUAAGUAGGAGGAGAUUACAGAAAACAUCAGAGAAGGAUCCUCUUUGCUUGAUCUCACCAACCUCGGGAGAUUUCGGCACGUGAGCGUUACAUCACCUGCGGAGCCUUUUUCACCGUGUUUUAAGAUACACGUCGGGCAGGGUACCUGAUUGUCCAUUACCGUUUUUAACCCGUGGAAAUUUCAGGAUAGUUGGGUUUAAAGUCAGGGGGUCGUCGGACCGCAAUGAAGGCAAAACGGUGACAUCCCUUUUCCCCAUCGGAAGAGGAGAGACUUCGUUAGGCUGCGGGUGGAAUCUGAUAGCGCUUUUUGGGAUCACCAAAUUUGAUUAAAAAGGGUUACAAAAAGAAUGGAAGAUACCUCUGAUAUAGAUUCUUUGGCUACAAGGCUAAAAAAUACAAUGAUUCAGUACUAUAACAUUGAGGACAAUGAAUGGAGAGUUGCUAGGAAAACAAAAGAUGUUACUGUUUGGCGUAAACCAUCAGAAGAAUUCAGUGGGUAUCUCUAUAAGACACAAGGUAUUGUGGAAGAUGAUACCAAUAGAAUAAUAGACCACAUACGUCCUGGACCUUAUCGGAUCAGCUGGGAUAGCCUGAUGACCACAAUGGACAUUGUUGAAAAGUAUGAAGAGAAUUGCUGUGUAAUGCGUUAUACUACAGCUGGUCAAAUAUUGAAUAUCAUUGCACCAAGAGAGUUCAUUGAUUUCUCCUACACAACCAAUUGUGAAGAUGGACUGCUCUCAUGUGGUAUUAGCCUGGAUCAUGGUGAAGUAAGGCCAAGUUUUGUUCGAGGAUUUAACCACCCUUGUGGCUGGUUCUGCUUUCCACUCAUGGACAAUCCAAGACAUAGUCUUUUAGUUGGCUUUAUCCAGACGGACCUGCGUGGGAUGCUCCCCCAAUCAGUAGUAGACACAGCUAUGGCUGGUACACUGAUCAGUUUUUAUUCUGAUCUUAGGAAAGCUCUGAAGGCAUAAUUAGUGCAACUACAAAUUCUCUGUAUCAUUCUUGAUCUUUUUCUGUUUUACACAGCACAUAUAUAUAUGGAAUUAUAUAUAUAUAAUUACGAUAUGUUGGAAAAUUUCAUGUGAAGACCUGUGGUUUUCCAUAUUAGGUACAGUAGUUUUAUUUGCACAGAUCAAUAUAUUUAUUUUGAAAUAAGACUCUCAGAUAAUUCAGUUGAGAUGAUUGUUCUAAAGUUUUAUCCAUGUUUAUGUUAGAAAAAAGUACAUGUCCUAAUUUUAAGACCUGACUUGUGUGAAUUACUUUAUUCUCUUGAACACAGAACUUUUUAUAAUUGUGGAAAGUGUUUUAUCAGGGUAUUAAUUUCAAGGAAUUUGAUUUCCUAACAGCAUGUUAGGAAACCAGAAACCAGUGUAUUUGUGUUGGGGAACUUCUUCCCCAUUGCCUUCUAUAUAUCUUCACAGCAGAACGUCUGCUAUUCUUGGAAUUUUAAACAUAAUUUAGGGUCCUUCGGUUCCAAGGCACUCUCUCACUCCAUGGCUCAAAGCUAUGGUCUUUAUUGGACUAUAUUCAGUUAUAGUCCCCCUCAAUGCACUGAAGGUGAUAGGAAUGCAAAUAUACUGUUGACAUUAUUCCGAAUACACAGAGACCUGUUUUUAUGGUCUUAAGAAGUCUGCAGUUUUACAAGUAAGAUCUUAGGUUAAGUUCACAUACUUAGAGUUAUCAGAACAAUAUAUUGGUUCUGUGAAAUGGCACACAUUUCAGUGCAGCAGAAUUGGUAUGUUUUUUGGAGCUCUCCUUUCCAUAUUGGGAAUACUGCAACACAAUACAGUUGCACAUUUGUUUUGGAAAUGCUAUUGUUAUGUAUCAGAGAUCAUCUGGGUCCCAGAUGUGUAUGUCUACUUAUACUGUAGUACAGUGAGAAUAGAAAUCGCAUUCCCAAUCAUUGCCUUGAGGGGCACUAUAACUGAAUUGUGAUGUAAACAAUGAAACCAAUGAAGCUGCUUUUGCAGCUGAGUGACUUGAAAGAUUUUCGAGGACUUUUAUCAUCUCUUUCAAAAUUGUUCCAUGCUGUGCUUUUAAAUUUUAGGUUUUAAAACAUUUGGCAUUUAAGAUGCUUAUUUGAAAAUUGUACAUGAUUUCUAUAAUUUAAAGUCUGACAUUUUAAAUUACCUUCUUUAUUUAAUAUCAUUUCAGUGGAAGGUUAUAUGGAUGAUAGGAAUAUGAAACACACAUUAUGUAGUCAAAUUAUAUAUUAUAAGAAGACUGAGGCCAUAUUACAAAUAUCCAUUUUUGUGGUACAUGACUUUAUAGUGGCAAGGGAGAUAGCAAUGUUUUCAAUAAGAGAAAAUACGCUAAUAUACUUGGCUUGUUAUGUUAGACUAGCACCACCUGAGGAUGUAAAUAUGGGAUACUAAAGAAUGAGCUCACAGCUGAGAGAUUAAAAUUGCUAUAAAUGCUUUACCUCAGCUUUUGCUUGUUUAAUCAUGGAUAGAAUAAAAUAUCCUGAUCUUUAAAGGGCUUCCAAGUGAUCCAGAUUUAAUUCAUCAAGCCAGUAAGGUUUCACCACAGUGCUUAUUCCAAUUAAAAGAACAGAAGCAUGGGUUUUAGGAAAUGAACUAUCCCAUGUUUAUUCCUCAUGUAUUCCCAGAUCUCUGGAGCCAUGAUGAUAGAGCAACAUCACUCACCAAAAAUAAGAUUAAAGGAUAGGGUUCAGAUAAAUACUUGUUUUUAGAACAGAUGUAAGAAGCCAUAGUAGUGAAGGAAAUCAAAUAAUGCAGAAUGUAAUUGUUCAGUCGUCUGGGUGUAGCAGCCUCAGGGUUUAAAUUCUGCAUCUGUUUCUUCCACCAUUAUGCAGGGAUAGACUUAUUGCAACUUAUUUCGUAGUCUUCAAUACAGAGGACUCCUAUACCAGAUAUUGAUAAUUGAUCUUUUUGAAUCUAUUUUUGGGGGGAGGGGGGUGCUUGGCAGUUUUAAUCCCUACACUAUUAGUUGAUGUUCAAAAAUGACACUUCCAACUAGAAGUCUUAUAAAGCCAUCUACUUCAUAAUGUACAUUCUAAACAUUUGCUGUGACCAGAAUUUGGAGAACGUGUUUUUGUGAAAGAAUUAGAACAGUGUAUUGUUAAACCUCUUAUGCCAUAAUUUUUAACUUUUUGAAAUUAUUAUGGCUUAAUGCAUAGUUUGGAAACUCCAUAGGAAACUUUGGCCUGAAAGUAUAUUUAUUAUGUGAUAUAACUUUUCAUUAACAUUAAUUCAUUCCAUUUCCUAAUUUUGCCUUGCAAGUAUGAGGAAGAAUAUCAGUGAUGCUACUGGCACAAUACAAAAGCUACUCAUAAUAUUCACACCAACUCUAAAUCACAGACUCCUUAUUAAGGGCAGCUCAAACCACUACAAUUUAUAGUCAUCACACCUGUAGCACUUCUUAUAGUGUUGGUUUACAUGUACAGCAGGGGUGUCAAACUUGCGUUGUCAUAUUGUCAUCAUGUGACGCAUCGUAACUUUUUUCCCCUUCGCUAAACCGGGGGUGGCCAUGGCCAGCACGUGAGGCAUCUGGCCUGCGGGCCGCGAGUUUGACACCCCUGAUGUACAGCAUUGGGAAAAUUACAUCAGCAGCAUGAAAUUGUGCUAGAUUUUCUGACGCAGCUUGAAUUUAUGUAAAAGAAUCUGCUUCUGCAUUAUUACAAACGGCUGAACAUAAGGGCUACAUUCACAUAUUGUAUGGCGUAAAUCAGAACAUUGUAACAUCCCCAUGAACUUGCUUUAACUGUUAUUUAAAUAGACAAUUAACCUGGCUUUUUUUGUUAUGUGGUAGCUGAUUGAUAUUCGUUUACCAGGCAUAGAAUAUCAUUUUUUUCCAGGAAAGGACAUUAUAUAUUUCAUUAUUUGAUAGCAAAGUAAAUGCCUAAUAAAUGGUAUCUAGGCUCAGAAAGUGUUAUAAAUAGCAUGCCAGUAUUAAAAAUAAUAACAUUACCUGAAGUUAUUCUAAAUGAAUUGUGAAUAGAUGGCAAAAUUAACAUUAAAUGCGUGCAGGCCAAUUGUGUCUGUGUAAUAUAGUUAUUCAAGCCAAAAUGCAGAAUCUUAGAUUUGACUAGAAGAUGCUUUUUUAAAAAAAUUGCCUCCUGUAGAGCCUAGUAUUUGCUCCAGUACCUCUAUAAUAGAAAUAAAAUCUGUUACAGAUUUCUAGUUUAAUGCUGCUAGCAAUCCCUUUUCUGUUUGUUGAUAAUAAUAAGGUUUAUAGAUUUUCAACUGUUAGUUCUAGCUUAAGAGGUUGAUUGCAAAGAAACUGCUCAAUUCUCAGUAGUUUCAGAAUCUGCAGAUUUUGGUAGCAAAAUAUUUUCUUUUCUGACUCCUUUAAUAAAAACAAUGAUGCAAUUCCAUAUUCUUCUUCCUAGGAACUAGACAGUUAGAUCCAUUAAACUUAGUGGGCCUCAGAAAGCAUGCAUUGGAUUGUAGCUAGAGGACUUGAGCAGACUUGCAUUGGAUUUUUCUUUUUAAAGGACUGAAUAUAUAGUUGAUACUGUAUAUGUUCAUAUAUAUUUUAUAUAUAUUUUUACUAAUCUAGACCUAAGAAUUUGGUUUCAAGAUGCUUCUAUUUUAUGAGGAAGGGAGGGGAAUCCAGAUGUUUCAAUUAUCCCAUGCUUUUCCAUUACUUUUGUUUUGUUUCAGCCAAGGGAAUGAUGUAUUACAUACACAAUCUAUCUUUUGAUUGGUGACAUUAAGAGCCAUCAUUUUGAAAACAUCCCAUUACUGCGCCCUUUCUGUUUUUCCCUUAAAGGUUAAAGCCAUUUGUUAUUGGCAGAAAAAUAAAGAGAUGAAUGUCAGCAACCUGUUAACGUACCUGUGAAUAGAUGCCUCUCCAGAUUCAGCUAGUAAAAUCAAUUACUAUUCAGUAUGAUUCAGUAUGAUUUACGUGGUGGCUCAGUGGCUAAGACGCUGAGCUUGUCGAUCAGAAGGUUGGCAGUUCAGCAGUUUGAAUCCCAGCACCGCGUAACGGAGUGAGCUCCCGUUACUUGUCCCGGCUUCUGCCAGCCUAGCAGUUUGAAAGCACAUAAAAAAUGCAAGUAGAAAAAUAGGGACCACUGUGGCGGGAAGGUAAUAGCGCUCUGUGCGCCUUCGGCAUUUAGUCAUGCUGUCCACAUGACCAUGGAAACGUCUUUGGACAGCGCUGGCUCUUCAGCUUAGAAACAGAGAUGAGCGCCUCCCCUAGAGCCGGAAACGACUAGCACGCAUGUGCGGGGGAACCUUUACCUUUAUGAUUUAGAAAUGUGUCAUUACAACUGGAUGGUAUCCAGGCUUGAUGCAACAUUUUUUUCAGGAAUAAAAUUAUAAGUUUUUAAGAAAUUAAACAGUGCUUCUUCAUGCUCCCUCUUUUGUUCUAUCUUUAUGAAGCAUUCAGAUGACAAUCUGGCAGAAUAUAAUCCUCACUGUUAUGCUAUUGAUCUGAAUUUCUUGUCAGUUUAAAUAGAUGUUUGGAAAUCACUUUGCAGGCUGAAGUAAGAAUUCCAUUUAAGGGAAAGGGGGAAAAAAGAUGCAAGAAGGAUGUUUGUAGUGUAAGAACAAAUGCAAAUUGUGAUGCAUUGCUGUUCUGUAUUAUUAUACAGAACAGAUGAUUUAUAUUUAUGUAUUAAAGUGUUUAGAUCAAAA